CUCAACACCAAAGAGCUUUUGUAUAUAGAAAGAAAUAGUAGAAUAAUUGAGUUUUGAAGAGAGGCGUAUUUUGAUGCGGAAGGCGGGUGUCCCGAGACUUUUGACUAUGUAUUGUACUAGUUUUCCUUCCUGCCUGCUUGAUAAGACUCAGCUACUUAAAUGGAUGACACUAGAGAUUCCUCUGCUCAACCCAUCUAUCCAUGCUAAGGCUUUCAAUUUUGGUCACAAUCUCUGGAACCCGCCAAUCUACAUUGCACGGCAUAAUUACAGGAUGCCUUUACAGGAUAACCAGAAUCAUCUCGGUGAAUUCAUGAUGGUAAGGCACAAAUUCUGCUGCUACCUGCCCUGACAUAAGCUCAAAGUUUAUAUGCCCCAUGCUUCUUACCCCUAGCCAUACUGAUUGAGUCCCAAUAGGCCUUUAACGAUAUAACCAAGUACGUACACAGCAGGGACUUUUGCCAACACAAGUUAAUCACCUGCUCAGAGGCGAGGAGG